CGCCCCGCACCCUAAACCCUGCUUUCGCUGGGAGAGGGUUUUGGAGCCGUCACGGCGAAAAGGUUCUACUUCCCUCGCUCGCCGCCGCUGCUUAAGACUUGCCUCUUCUCGGGGUUCUUGGUGGGGGAAGAAGACUUCUUGGUGGUCGACAGCCAUGGCGAGGCUUCUCCGGUCCGCUUCUUUAAAGCGAGCCUUCUUUAGCUCAGAGAAAUAUGGGCCAGAAAUCAGGGGAGCUAAUAUCCAAUUCUACAACUUUUCUAGUAAAGGAAAAAGUAAAUCGAAGCCAGUCAGAACUGAAACUGGUGAAAAUGACCUGUUGAAGAAAGAUCUGGCUUUACAGCAAGCCUUGGACCAGAUUUUAACUUCGUAUGGAAAAGGCUCGAUCAUGUGGCUUGGCCGUUCUGCUGCUCCUAAAGAAGUUCCUGUUGUGUCUACAGGAUCUUUUACAUUGGAUAUGGCAUUGGGAAUUGGAGGUCUUCCGAAGGGCCGUGUUGUGGAGAUAUAUGGUCCAGAAGCUUCUGGAAAAACUACACUUGCUCUUCAUGUUAUUGCAGAAGCACAGAAGAACGGAGGUUACUGUGCUUUCAUAGAUGCAGAGCAUUCUCUGGAUCCAGCAUUGGCAAAGGUUAUUGGUGUUAACACUGAUAAUUUUCUUCUUUCACAGCCAGAUUGUGGUGAGCAGGCACUUAGUCUCGUCGAUACUCUAGUUAGGAGUGGCUCGGUUGAUGUUGUGGUUGUAGACAGUGUGGCCGCCCUUGUACCUAAAACUGAACUUGAUGGUGAAAUGGGAGAUUCCCAUGUGGCACUCCAAGCAAGGUUGAUGAGCCAAGCUCUUCGCAAGUUGACCCAUUCACUUUCCCAGUCGCAGACACUCUUGUUAUUUAUUAAUCAGGUUAGAGCAACUAUGAAGACAUUUGGAUUUGGUGGGUCAACAGAAGUGACCUCUGGCGGCAAUGCCUUAAAGUUCUAUUCAUCUGUUCGCCUUAAUGUCAGAAAAUUUGGCUUGGUUAAAAAAGGCGACGAGACUCUGGGGAGCAAUGUCCUGGUGAAUAUUGUGAAGAAUAAACAUGCCCCUCCAUUUAAGACAGCACAUUUUGAGCUCGAGUUUGGCAAGGGGAUCUCCCGUGAGUCAGAGAUGGUAGAACUAGGUUGCAAGCAUGACUUUAUUACAAAACGUGGUGCUGUCUAUGGUUUUGACGGAAAGAGCUUCCGUGGAAAAGAGGCCCUUAAACGCUAUCUCAUGGAGAACGAGGGGGUCCAAGAAGAACUAACGAUGAAGCUGAGGGAGAAAUUAUGGAACAACAAUGCUGAUAAGGAGGGCGGCACCCUAGAUGGAGCAUCUGAUGCAGCAGAUGACACUGUUGCCAUUGUAUGAUGUGUCGUCAUUUUGUACAAGGGUUUGGGCUUUUCUUGCAGACCAUGCUCAGCCGGAAAUGAAAUCCAGGUGAUCGAUUGGUAUCUGUAAUUGAUCUUGUCCAGUGUAGUGGACUAAGCUUUUGAUUCUGGAAGUUUGGAGGACAUGGUGGCAUCAGAGAGAGAAGUCCAGAUUUGUAAUGGUCAUAUGGAACUACUCCUUGCUUCGUACUUUACUAUUUUUCAUAUUUAUGAUUAUAUGCAAAGAUUGGGUAGCAAAGUGAGAGAACCUGAGAUAAUGCAUGUGAUUUUGUAGGAUUUAUCUUGUGAAAAGCUUUUUUUGGCAGCAAUCGUAUGUAUCCUUGAAUUCAUCAGUUUUCUAGGUUUUUUUAGAAACUUAUCGUGGGAUUUCAAUAAAUGACACCAGCUUUGUGUCAUUUUAAAAUUAUUUUAUUUCCUUUAAUCUCCAUUUGUUUUUAUUUGUUCUUGAUAAUUAAGAUUAAUUUUUAUUUGCUGUAUUGUUGCAUUGAAAUAUUGUGAUUUGAAGUAUUGUUCCAUGGCUUCUGUAUGCAUGUAUGUAUGUAUUUAUUUUUCCUCUGGAAGCGAAAAGUUCUCCUUCGGAUCUCCCAAAGAUUUUGUUUGAUGCGUCGGCCGGGAACACGUCAACCAAUCGGUUGAGUACUAAUUCGGCGCCGACUCGGUCAACAUGGGGAAAACAGAUGCACGCACCUUGACGAUCAAUUCCAAAGAAAAACCGCCGCCUGACUCCACGGCUCGCUUUGACCUCGUCGGCAAAGCGAAGCGUUAGAAACGUGGGGGCAACCGUUUCAACCCACCCGGGUCAUGUUCUCUCACCCCAGCAGGAUCCAUCGCCUCGUUCUCCACAAGGACGAUUGAUUGACCCACACCGCACAACAUAUGAGGCAUCUCUUUCUUCCUUACAGAAGAAGCGACAAAAUUACUUUCGGGACCCACAACUUGCGAGGUGGAGGAACGAUGUCUCCUGGCCCGGCCAAGACAUGGGAACUCUACCGUAAAGACUACAUAGUGAAGCCAGCCGACGACGCACGCGGCUUAUGGCGACGCGCAAGAGACACCACAAUUGAUAUGCCAGUGCGCCUUCUUCCUUCUUUCCCCCACUCUCUCUCUCUCGUGCGCCUUCUUCCGCCUUUCCCCUCUCUCUCUCUCUCGCUGGCACACGGUCAGUCAAAGCCCGUCCCCCUUUCCCGCAACCUUUGUUAUAAAGACACCUCUCUCACCCUCUCUCUUACGCCCCAUCGAGAACGAGGAGAUCAAGAAGAGCGAGGAAGAGGAAGGCCGACUUCCAUCCAUCGCUUCGUCCCGUCUCCUCGUCUCUCACUCUUCCUGCCUCCUCCCCCUCUUUUUUUCUUUCUACUACUACUACCUAGAGAAAAGGAAGAAAACUCACAUCUAACACACCAGAUGGCUCGCUCUCUCUCGGGUGCUGCUGCUCUCGCGGCAUCUCUCUCCGACAGCAUCACCCUCUUCGUGAACAGGCGGGGAUACGCUGCAGCAGCGGCGGCUGUGGGAAGACCGGCGGAAAAGAAACCGGUGGUGCGGAAGGUGGUCGACUCCUCGACUGCCGCCGCCUCUGGUUCGUCCAAUUCCUGGAUCCCGGAUCCGGUGACCGGGUACUACAGGCCCACCAACUUCCGGGUGCAGGAUGCGGCCGAGCAGCGCGAGAUGCUUCUCUCCUACAAGCAAUGAACCAGCAGCUUGUUCUUUUGUUUAUGCAGUGGGAGAGAGAGAGAAGGCUGAGAGCCUCUGUGCCAUCUCAAUGAUGUGUUUCUUCGACUUCAAAAAAAUCAAUCAUAAUGAAUAAGAAUUUCUACUUAUUAUUUA